GUUAAAGUCAAGAAAUGUUAGGGACACAAAAAACUCAAUUUCCCAUAAUUCCCAGAUUCACUUCCGCAUAUACAGGUUGUCUAAGGGGCUCGUGCACGGGCGAACUUCCUUUCGCUCCGACAUCUUGACGAGGAAACAUGCCUCCUAAACAAGACAAGAAGAAGGACACUGGGAAGUCCAAGAAGGACAAGGACCCAGUCAACAAGUCUGGAGGCAAAGCCAAGAAGAAGAAGUGGUCCAAGGGAAAAGUGAGGGACAAGCUCAACAACCUGGUCCUUUUCGACAAGGCUACCUACGACAAGCUGUACAAAGAGGUUCCCAACUACAAACUCAUCACCCCCGCUGUUGUGUCAGAAAGGCUGAAGAUCCGUGGCUCUCUGGCCAGGAAUGCCCUCCAGGAACUGCUCGCCAAAGGCAUGAUCAAACUGGUGUCCAAACACAGAGCACAGCUGAUUUACACACGUAACACCAAGGGUGGAGAUGAGGAGGCAGCAGCGGAGAAAGCAUAAUCAGGUCCUCCUGUUUGUUUCCUGCAAUGAGCUGUUUGUAAUGAAAAGUAAAAUAAAAAUGUAAAGACAAAA